AUGGAAGAUCUGGGGUAGGUUUAACAAUUUUUUCGAUGAGAAUAGUCUUUAUUUAGUCUAUCUGAUUAUGUUUUCGCUAGCCAGCUAACUUCGCUGUUAAGUUGACUGCCUGUCAUCGUACGGCUGUCAACCAGAGACAUUUGGCUGAGCAGUAAAUUGUCAUAAGAUAACGAUCCUACCGUUACGCUAGUUUACACUGAGCUGCACUGGGGUUGGAACUCAAUCAUGGUUACAUUAAGGGUGUUUUCACACUUGGUCCCUUUCAGACAAUUUGUGAACUCAGUGCUGUUCACUGAAUUUUUUGUGCAGUGUGAAUACUCCAAAGGAACUCAGACCCCUCAAAAGAGCCACCGAAGUGAACCGAACUGAGACCAUCUUAAGAGGUGGUCUGAGUUCGGUUCGCUUGAAUUCCAUGGUCCGUUCCUUUUUUUUUUUUUGCGCAAUGUGAACACAAACAUUACCCAGGUUCGCUUGUCAUUAUUCCCACACUACAUACUAGACCAGGGUUUCCCAAACACAGUCCUGCACCCUUCACACUUUGGGUUUGGGUUUUGCCCUAGCACCAGUGCUUGACUUGGGCAGGAGCUCACCGGAGCUGAAUACCCUCAAAUGUUCUACUGCUUGAGCUCCUGCACCGCUUAAAGAAUAGUAUCUCAAAAGUAUUCUGGAGCUCCUGCAUCUAAAUGUAAACAUUACUGGCACCCAAAAUGAGUACCGGCACCUAUUUCAGUUCAAGUCAAACACUGCCUAACACUACACAACUGAUUAAAAUAAUCAGAACUAGAUGUAAUCCCCUGUAGCUCAGUUGGUAGAGCAUGGCGCUUGCAACGCCAGGGUUGUGGGUUAGUUUCCCACGGGGGGCCAGUAUGAAAAUGUAUGCACUCACUAACUGUAAGUCGCUCUGGAUAAGAGUGUCUGCUAAAUGACUAAAAUGUAAUGAUGAGUUGGUUAUUUGAAUCAGCUGUGUAGUGCCAAGAGCGGCCCAAGACCGAGUUUGGGACACCCUGCACUAGACUACUGCAACACCGUUUUCCCUGCCAUAACCCCUCACAUUGGUGCCACAAAAGAGAGAUGAUAAUGUGCAGGUUCGUGGAAAAAAUGUGUGCUGUUUUUGGAUAUUGAUUAGCGGUUGUCAAAGAUGCACAGCAAUGCACAAAUAUGUGUGACGUUUUGUACUGACACAAUGUUUCGAUUAUUUGUUUGCUAUAUGUGAUCUAGAGGCUAAAAGAGCUUCAUAAGCGGUUUAUUCGAUUGUGUGGUUUGAAAAGUGUAAGAAGACGACAUAUUUGGUGAGAAUCACAACAUAGGAUACAAAAUCAAGGCCCUUGCUAUCAGGGAUCCUUGGGACGUCCAAACUCUGAUGUUACCCCAUUGAAGUAGCCAUUUAAAAUGGUUAAGAUUAGGGUAGGGGUUAAGGUUAGGAUUUAGGGUAGGGAUGUCCCAAGGAUCCCGGAUAGCACUAACCACAAAAUCAAUCCUUAUUUAAUCUGCAGUAUUCUUCUGCUAGUUAUUCUAUUACCAAUAAUAUUUACAUGUUAAUAUUAUCUUCUGAUUGUAAUUAUUAUGCCUUAUCUUUUAACUAAAUGCAAUCUAUUAGCUUCCAAAAUGUAAGUAAGUCUAUCUAGCUGUCCGAUAACCAGUGUUGGGGAAGCUACUCUGAAAAUAUAGUUUACCAAGCUACCAAUUACUUCACACUAGAAGAAGUUAAGCUACACUAACGCUAUCCUUAAGAAAAAUAUAGUUUACUUAACUAAAGUUACUUAACGAAAUAGUCAACUACAUCCAAACUACUAUGUGAAAAAGUAUUAUCUAAAUCUGAAAUGUCAUAGACUACAAAUUGCAAGAACAAAUCACUCUGGAGUCAGAUGUUAACAGAAUGAGUAUUUUAGCCUAUUAAACACAAACUGUUUCAUUUGAGAUUUAGACUGGUCUGCCACCAAAAAAAGAAAGGAAAUUCCUGCCAACUUAUCCCAUUUAUCUUUUUUUUUUGCAAAAAAAAGUAGUGAGUAGUUCCAGUAGUUAGCUACACCACUACAUGGGGGGAAAACAGUUACUGUAAAAUGUAGUUAAAUUACUAGUUACACUACAUGUAGUUUACUACUCCCCAACACAAUCUGAUGGAAUGGCUUGUCCUGCACUUUGUAAAAACCCAGAGUGCAUUGAGAGAAUGUUGGAAAAAGUUAUAUAUAACAUAGCAAUGUGAAUGCAAAGAGCACUCUGACCACAAAAUAGGUGAAGUGAACUGGCAAAAUAGUUCAGUCCUCAUUCAAAGGCAAGGGCAGUGUGAAUACAAUUACACAACGGGUGGUUCUAAUCAUGAAUGCUGAUUGGUUAAAACCGCAUUCCAGCCGGUGUCUAUUCCACAAAUUACCACCGGCUAAAUCUACAUUUUUACAUUUUAGUCAUUUAGCAGACACUCUUGUCCAGAGCGACUUACAAUUAGUGAGUGCAUACAUUUUUCAUCUAUGACGUUAAAAUGACUAUUUAUUCUGUUCCAUCUGACUGCGCAAUCCACGGUCUCAUCAGCCCAGCCAGGCAAUUUAUGAAUUUGAUCAACACUAUAAAAAGCAUCUAGACAUUAUCUCACGUUUCUUUUAGACUAACAUUUAGUUUUCAACAGUGAAGAUUUGUAUAAACCUUGAUCUCUGUCUCGCCGACAUUUGCAACAUUGGUUCAAUAUUCAAAUUCGAUCUCCAGCUGUCCCAUAGUAAUGAACGUGUCGGGACGUGACAGUCAAGCAGCGUUUCUCAGCCAGUCGAAAUCAUGAAUCAGCUGGCAUAAUUUUUAUGGAUAUACAGUGCAUUCGGAAAGUAUUCAGACCCCUUGACUUUUUCUUCAUUUUGUUACGUUACAGCCUUAUUCGUUACAGCCUUAUUCUUUUUUUUUUAUCCCCGUCAUCAAUCUACACAAAAUACCCCAUAAUGACAAAUCAAAAAAGCAAAAAGCUCCCGAGUGGCGCAGUGGUCUAAGGCACUGCAUCUCAGUGCUUGAGGCGUCACUACAGACCCCCUUGUUUGAUUCCAGGCUGUAUUACAACCGACCGUGAUUGGGAGUCCCAUAGGGCGGCGCACAAUUGGCCCAGCGUCGUCCGGGUUUGGCCGGUGUAGGCCGUCAUUGUAAAUAAGAAUUUGUUCCUAACUGACUUGCCUAGUUUAAAUAAAGGUUAAAAAAAAAAAUGUGCAAAUGUAUAAAAAAAAAAAACUGAUAUUACAUUUACAUAAGUAUUCAGACCUUUUACUCAGUACUUUGAAGCACCUUUGACAGCGAUUAGAGCCUCGAGUCAUCUUCGGUAUGCUUGGCACUCCUGUAUUUGGGGAGUUUCUCCCAUUUUUCUCUGCAGAUCUUCUCAAGCUCUGUCAGGUAGGAUGGGGAGCGUCGCUGCACAGCUAUUUCCAGGUCUCUCCAGAGAUGUUCGAUCGGGUUCAAGUCCGGGCUCUGGCUGGGCCACUCAAGGACAUUCAGAGACUUGUCCCGAAGACACUCAUGCGUUGUCUUGGCUGCGUGCUGAGGGUCGUUGUCCUGUUGGAAGGUGAACCUUCGCCCCAGUCUGAGGUCCUGAGCAGGUUUUCAUCAAGGAUCUCGCUGUACUUUGCUCCGUUCAUCUUUCCCUCAAUCCUGACAAGUCUCCCAGUCCCUGCCGCUGAAAAACAUCCCCACAGCAUGAUGCUGCCACCAUCAUGCUUCACCGUAGGGAUGGUGGCAGGUUUCCUGCAGACGUGACGCUUGGCAUUCAGGCCAAAGAGUUCAAUCUUGGUUUCAUCAGACCAGAGAAUCUUGUUUCUCAUCGUCUGAAAGACCUUUAGGUGCCUUUUGGCAAACUCCAAGCGGCUGUCAUGUACCUUUUACUGAGGAGUGGCUUCCGUCUGGCCACUCUACCAUAAAGGCCUGAUUGGUGGAGUGCUGCAGAGAUGGUUGUCCUUCUGGAAGGUUCUCCCAUUGUCCUUCUGGAAGGUUCUCCUAUCUCCACAGAGGAACUCCAGAGCUCUGUCAGAGUGACCAUCGGGUUCUUGGUCACCUCCCUGACCAAGGCCCUUCUCCCCCGAUUGCUCAGUUUGGCCGGGCGGCCAUCUCAAGGAAGAUUCUUGGUGCUUCCAAACUUCUUCAAUUUUUGCUCUGACAUGCACUGUCAACUGUGGGACCUUAUAUAGACAGGUGUGUGCCUUUCCAAAUCAUGUCCAAUCAAUUGAAUUUACCACAGAUGGACUCCAAGUUGUAGAAACAUCUCAAGGAUGAUCAAUGGAAACAGGAUGCACCUAAGCUCAAUUUCGAGUCUCAUAGCAAUACUAUAGAAUACUUAUGUAAAUAAGGUAUUUCAGUUUUUUACAUUUGCAAAAAUUUCUAAAAACCUGUUUUCGCUUUGUCAUUAUGUGGUAUUGUGUAUAGAUUGAUGAGGAUUUUAAAAAAUGUAAUCCAUUUUAGAAUAAGGCUGUAACGUAACGAACUGUGGAAAAGUCAAGGGGUCUGAAUACUUUCCGAAUGCACUGUAUAAGUGGUGACAGCGUCACGACAUAUCUAUUUUGGCUGAAUGUAUACCCUAUCAUGCCAACCGUUUGAUGUUGCGAUUCAGCGGGCACAAUCAGAGGGCUGGCACCGCCUCAGUUUUAUGAAUAUACACUGAAGCUGGAAUAUAGUAGAUAUGCCAGAAGGUCCCACUUAUCUCAUGUCUGGUUGCUAUUCACAGUCAAAUCAGUCCAGUAAGGGGACCUUGUCAAUUGAAGCACACACGCAGCUUCUUUUGUUAAUGACUAGCUAGAUAAACUGGUAAGUAUAGGUUUUUAGUGAAAGUCUUAUGAGGUUACUGUCAAUGUUUUCUCAGGUACCAAGGCCCUCUGUUGGAUGAUGGAGCACUGGAGGCUGCGGUGAGCGGGGGAGCACCAGCACCAGAGUUUACCAAGCUGUGUGCCUGGAUCGUCUCAGAGCUCAAGCUCUACUGUCACCUGGAGGAGAAUGUCCAUGCCACCAACUGUGAGUCGGUUUUCAUCUUAACCCAUCUCAGUGUUUGUAAACUUAAUUAAAAAAUGUAGUUGUAGUUCCCUGAGUUCUUGCACGAACUCUCCAUCUACCCCACCCAGGUCCCAGUGAGGCAGAGGGGUUCCAGCUGGAGAUGAGUGGUCUUCUUUCUGAGCUGGCAUGUCCUUACAAGGUCCUCAUCACAGGAGAUGUUACCCAGAGGCUCCUCAACAAGACAAAUUGCCUACUGCUCAUCAGUAUGUGAACAGCUUCUCUCUGUGUUGUCAGUUUCCCUAUCAUUUAACAAAUUCAUAUUAAGACUGUAUGAUGAUUGCCUCUUGAAUGAUAUGUUCUCUCUCUCAGACUUUCUGAUCUCGGAGCUGGAGGCCUCAAGGAUGAUCCAGGUCAACAAGCCUCAGAAGGCAGCCCAGGAGGCCAGGGGCAGUGUUGUCUUUAUGGAGCUGAAGGGGAUCUGUGUGUCCCUGGGCAUGUCCAAACCCCCAGCCAACAUCACCAUGUUCCAGUUCUUCAGUGGGAUCGAGAAGAAGGUCAGUCCAUGUCACACCAGGCUAUGGCAGAAUGCUUUUUUGAUUUCAUGAUAGGUCUGUGUCUUUUUGUUGGAUGCAGCUCCACUUUAGCUAAGGUCUGUUUUUCCCCAACAUUAAUGUCUUUCCUUUUUUCCUCAGCUGAAAGAAGCUCUAACCAAAGUGCCAUUAACUCAUGUUGGGGGUCCUCUGAUGAAGAAGGCACUUGGACCAGUUCACUUUGUAUGACUCUUAAAAACAAUAAAGAUGUGCAUAGCGGAAUACAUUUCCCACUUCAAACAAAAAUAUUUUUGGUUGAAUAUGUGUUUAGUUACAACAACAAACAUUCUUAAGCGGCAUACUAUACUGUACAUUGUACAUAUGAUCUCUUUUACAGGACAAAAUUGAAGCCAUCAAUCAAGCACUUGUGAAUGAGUAUGAAGUCCGAAGGAAGAUGUUGUUGAAACGUCUUGACGUGACCGUUCAGUCCUUUGGUUGGUCGGACAAAGCUAAGGUGAGACCUCUGUACUGGGAAGAUUGUUACAAUUAUUCAAAGUAUAACUGGUUGUGGUUGUAGUUUGUUAUUCAUUUACAGCAUUCACAAAAAAUGUUUUGGAUGUAAACAAUUGAGUACUGUAAAGAAUGAUGUACUUCUAUUGUUACACAGAAACAUGCUGAAAAGCUGGCCAAUGUAUACCCACCUCUGCGUUCAACCCUAGCCACAAAGAGCAAAGUCUCUGUGGCUCACCUCUUUGCUGCACGAGAGGACCUCUCCAAGAUUAUGCGCACAAGUAGUGGCAGGAUGAGGGAGCGCACUGCUUGUGCCAUUAACAAGGUAGGGAGCAGAUUUGUACUUAGCACUUGCUAACUGUUAACCUUUAUCUCAUUGUCACCUUGCGUGCUGCUGUCACAUAGUUUUUUCAUACUUCAUGUCAAAAAAAUAUGAACAUUAUUUAGGCUACUUUGGCUGUGCUGUCAGAAAUAGGGUUGCAAAUGCAAAGCUACUGGUAAUUUACCAAAGUUACCAGAAUCUUCACUAAUUUUGGUAAUUAACAGAAAAUCUAUGGCAAUCUGUUGUAACUUUGAUAAUUUUGACUAACUUUAAAAAAAUGUAUUCCUAUUUUAUAUCUGUGUCCAAAUUGUCCAUGAGUUUCUUGUAGAUAGACCUUAUGUCAGAAAACACCCCUUGGCUUGUACACAUUCUCUUGAUGAACAUGAACGAUUGGUCUUCUUUUUUUGUUUCAUGUUGAGCAGGUUCUGAUGGGAUGCGUGCCAGACAGAGGUGGGCGACCCACCGAGAUCGAGGCGCCCCCACCAGAGAUGCCCACCUGGCAGAAGAGGCAGGAUGGCCCUCAGGGAGGUGGACGAGGAGGCGUCAUGGGGGGCUACGACCAGCACUCUCAGGGGGGCCGAGGGGGUUACGAGCGUGGAGGAGGGGGUUAUGAAAGGGGCGGGAGGGGUGGAGGACGGGGGCGCCAGAGGGGGAAAAGUGCAGGGAGGCUGGUCGGACGGAGGAAGAGGUGGUGGUUACCAGGGCCAUUACCAGGAAGGGGGUGGGGGGAGAGGAGGUUACGGGGCUGAAAACUAUCAAGGGGGCUUUCAGGGCCCUGGUUACCCUGCAGGAGGGCAUCAAGGCCGAGGAGGUGGUUACCAACACGACAACCACGAUCAAGAUGGUGGUCGCCACCAGGACAGGGGUGGUGGAGGGGGUCGUAGGGGAAGAGGUGAUAGAGGAAGAGGUGAUGGUAGGGGAAGAGGACAGGGGGGAGGCUGGGGAGGGCGAGGGGGUCAUAAUUUUAACCAAGGAGGACAGUUUGAACAGUUCUUCCAGCAGGGUGGCCAGCAGUACAAUCAAGCAGGCUUUAGCCAGGGGAGCAGAAACUACACUAGUUGAAAACAGUGCAGGCCACUGA